AUGCUUGCAUUUAUAUUUUAUUUUAGAAUAACUACAACUACAGUACCAACAACGAAGAUAUCAACAACCACACCACCUACAACCACUCAACCAACAACAACAACCACAGUACCAACAACGAAGACAUCAACAACCACACCACCUACAACCACUCAACCAACAACAACAACAACUACAGUACCAACAACGAAGAUAUCAACAACCACACUACCUACAACCACUCAACCAACAACAACAACCACAGUACCAACAACGAAGAUAUCAACAACCACACCACCUACAACCACUCAACCAACAACAACAACCACAGUACCAACAACGAAGACAUCAACAACCACACCACCUACAACCACUCAACCAACAACAACAACAACUACAGUACCAACAACGAAGAUAUCAACAACCACACUACCUACAACCACUCAACCAACAACAACAACCACAGUACCAACAACGAAGAUAUCAACAACCACACCACCUACAACCACUCAACCAACAACAACAACUACAGUACCAACAACGAAGAUAUCAACAACCAUGCCACCUACAACCACUCAACCAACAACAACAACCACAGUACCAACAACGAAGAUAUCAACAACCACACCACCUACAACCACUCAACCAACAACAACAACCACAGUACCAACAACGAAGAUAUCAACAACCACGCCACCUAUAACCACUCAACCAACAACAACAACCACAGUACCAACAACGAAGAUAUCAACAACCAUGCCACCUACAACCACUCAACCAACAACAACAACCACAGUACCAACAACGAAGAUAUCAACAACCAUGCCACCUACAACCACUCAACCAACAACAACAACCACAGUACCAACAACGAAGAUAUCAACAACCAUGCCACCUACAACCACUCAACCAACAACAACAACCACAGUACCAACAACGAAGAUAUCAACAACCAUGCCACCUACAACAACUCAACCAACAACAACAACCACAGGA